GAAGAGUUUUUGAGCUGAUCAAGAGGCGCCGGAAAAAGUGCACAAGAGCCGGGAAAGUGCAACCGUUGUCGCUUCGUGCCGGCCUGUCCUGCCCGAAUGCCGGUAGCGACAAUGGUGAUUCAGAAAGAAACGGGAAGGUGAGGCCGGCCAUGAGGGCGACCACUUUUAGCUGGAAGAGCACAUCAAAAUAGGAACAAAAUCCAACUGACAGCAACAGGUGCUGUCUGUUCGUCUAAUGAUCCCCUGCCGCUUCUCACGUUCCUCUCUCUCAGGGACACUCUGCACCACCUAGCCAUCAAGCUGAAAUGGCAGCCGCGCAAGCUUGCUGUGCACUUGGAUGUGGAAGCUCGUCGCUCCUGCUCGAGCGGACGCUUUGGAAGCGCCGCCAGCCCCAAAAUGUGGCCUUCCCAGGUGGCUGUAAAAGAAAUGCAGGCAUUAGCAGAGAGUCUUGUAGAUUAUCAGGGCUAUGGCAAUGUGGUCCUAUCAAUGCCUGUGCCAAGCCAAACGAAGUUUCCAAAGAAGGAAUAAGCAGCGGACCUUCUAUCACACUCAGCAGAAGGGCGCUCGCUUCGCUGGCAAUUGUGGCCUCAUGGCUGAACGUUUCUCCGGGGCAAGCAAGAGAGAGAAGACAGCAGAAAGUAGAUGAUGCAGAGUACAGCACAAGCGAGGAAGGUCUGAAGUACUACGACUUCAAUCAAGGACGAGGGCCAGAGGCGGUGAAAGGCAAGAAGGUGGUAGUUCAUUUUGAUUGUGUAUAUAAGACCCUGACAGUGGUUUCCAGCCGGUCAUCAAAACUUCUGGGAGGAAACCGGGUUAUUGCUCAGCCCUACGAACUAGUGGUGGGGUCCAAGCCCGGCUCCGAGAGGAAGCGCGACUUUGUAGACAACGCCAACGGGCUCUUCUCGGCUCAAGCAGCCCCCAAGCCCCCGCCCGCACUGUAUUCAAUCGUUGAGGGCAUGCGAGUCGGCGGCAAGAGGACGGUCAUCGUUCCGCCAGAGCUCGGCUACGGUCAAAAAGGAGUAGGAGAAAUUCCGCCCGGCGCAACCUUUGACCUGAACAUCGAGCUUUUGGAAGUUGAGGACGUCCGAAAGGACGCCUAGGGCUUGUUCGACGGCUGAUUUACGACAGCGACCUCGCUUUUUUGUCAGGCGCAAGUGUUGAGACACUCGAGUCGACUUAUACCGUUUGUACGACGUUUUACAUCAAUGUAUGCAACAUUGCUUCGUGGUGCG